AUUAGCAGAAUUCCUGCUUUCACUAGUAGCUUUCCGACUACUUAUUUGUUUAGUUCUACAACAUAUUUGUGCAUAACUCCUGGAGCUAUAGCUAUGCGAUUACUGUUUCUGUUAUCGCUUCUAGUUCCUGAUGCAGCUUGUGACAGUCACAGACUUCAGUAUUUUGUCACCACAGCCCCUGUACCUAUACCUGGGCUGCCUAAGUACUCCAUUAUUGGAUACAUUGAUGACAUGCCGUAUGCGAAAUAUACAAGUGAAACACAGAGUGCUGAGAUAUUUUAUAAAUGGUUGGAUGAAAAAACUGAUCCUGAACACUGGAAGGAGAUGACUCAGCGAGCACAAAACUUUGAAAGAUAUCACAGAGAUAUUACUCGCUUGAUAAGAGUUCUGUUUAACCAGACAACUGAUAAACACAUACUCCAGGUAAAGCUUGAAUGUGAAUUACAUGACGAUGGCACCAUUAACGGAGGACUAGAGUUUGGUUAUGAUGGGGAGGAAAUCAUUGCGUUUGAUAAGGAGAGAGUCAUUUUUAUUCCUAUGCAUCAAGAGGCUCAAUACAUAACACAGAAGUGGAAUAUUGAUGGAAUGAUAAGAAAUAAGGAUCUAAUUGAACGUGACUGCAUAAGGUGGAUAAAAAUGUAUUUCAGACUUGGGCAGAAUAAGCUGGAGAGGAAAGUUCCCCCAAAAGUAGAAAUUUUUGAUCACCAAUCAGACACUGCGACAAAACUUCACUGCCUGGCAUACGGGUUUUACCCACGAGCUGUGGAUGCCAAGUGGGUGAAGAACAGUAAAGAUGAUGUUUAUUCAGAUGUUGCUAAACAAAUCCUCCCCAAUCCUGAUGGGACCUAUCAGAUUAGAGUCACAGUAGAGGUUAUUCCAAAGAAUGAAGACACUUACGGUUGCCAUAUUGACCACAGCAGCCUAAAUAACCCUAUGAUCGUGUUAUGGGAAUUAGUCCAACACAGCAGCGGCCAGGAACAUGCAGGUUCACUCAGGAGCUACACUCAGGGCUCCAACAGCAUACAAAAAAACUCCAAGCUAGUUUGUGAGACUACCAUCAUGGAGGCCUUGAUCAACUGGGAAACGGCAAUGACGCAGCUUCUAAAUGAACACUUCACCAGUUUGACUGCGACACUGCGUGAGUGUUGUAAAACUACCGCAGUAAGAGAUGACAUGCUUCCACAAAAAACGGAUUGGUGUACCACUAUUGCUAUAGAGAAUGUUGAUGCUCUCACAGACCGGGACAAGGGUGUAGAACCUUCUAAUUCCUGGGACCUGUGCUGUCGGGUGGUUUCCCCCCAGCGAGCGGACGCUUCCAUUUGUCUCGAUAGAGAUAUGAUGAGCCACACUCUACCGGAUCGUAUAGAGGAAAAGCACCCUCAUGCCUACGUUGGAAAAGUGCAUACUCUGAACAAUACAUAUUUACCAAGUGACCUACACUACGAUAUAUGA